AUGGAUUCUUCAGUUUUCCUUACCUUUUUUUCUGCUGCGAUAGGCUUCUUCAUGUCUGCUGCAAUAGGCUUCUUCAUGAUUUUUAGAAAACUCAGAUCCCUUCAAGAAAACAAAGAAAUCGAUUCUUCUUAUUCUUCAUCAGUUCCUUCCUCUUCUCCAUCUACUCAAUCGGUUCUUCCAUCUUCUUUGUCUUACAACUGGACACACGAUGUCUUUCCGAGCUUCCAUGGGGAAGAUGUACGCAUAGACCUUCUCAGUCACAUUCAGAAGGAGUUUCAAAGAAAAGGGAUCACACCAUUCGACGAUAACGGGAUCAAGAGAGGAGAAUCCAUCGGUCCCGAACUCAUACGGGCGAUUAGAGGAUCUAAGAUCGCGAUCGUCUUGCUCUCAAGGAACUAUGCUUCUUCAAAGUGGUGUCUUGACGAGUUGGUGGAGAUUAUGAAGUGCAGGGAAGAACUAGGUCAAACUGUGUUGGCCAUUUUCUAUAGAGUGGAUCCAUCUGAUGUAAAGAAGCUCGCCGGAGAUUUCGGCAAGGUUUUCAAAAAAACUUGUGCGGGUAAAAGUAAAGAGGUUAUCCACGAAUGGAGACAAGCUUUGGUGAAAGUAGCCACAAUCGCUGGUUACGAUUCAAGCAACUGGGACAAUGAAGCGGGCAUGAUCGAAAGAAUCGCCACUGACGUUUCAAACAAGCUGUUCAGUUCUGCGCCAUUAAGUGAUUUCGACGGUUUUGUUGGGAUGAGAGCUCGUAUGGAGGAGAUGGAACGGUUGUUACUCUUAGGCUCCAAUGAAGUGAGGAUGAUAGGGAUUUGGGGUCCUUCCGGAAUUGGUAAGAGCACCAUCGCCAGAGUUCUAUUUAACAAAUAUUCUCAUCAGUUCCAACUUAGUGUCUUCAUGGAGAAUAUCAAAAGACGUUAUCCAAGACCUUAUUACGAUGAGUACAGCGCGAAACUGCAAUUACAGAAAGAGUUCUUGUCCCAAAUAAUCAGCCAUGAGGAUAUGUUGAUUCAUCAUUUAGGAGUUGCGCAAGACAGGUUAAAAGACAAGAAAGUGCUUGUGGUUCUUGAUGACGUGGACCAUUUGGUGCAACUAGAUGCCAUGGCGAAAGAAACUCGUUGGUUUGGUCCUGGAAGUCGUAUUGUCAUCACAACACAGGAUAAAAGACUUUUGAAUGCACAUAGGAUUAACCAUAUUUACGAGGUGGAAUUUCCACCUCCCAAUGAGGCUCUUGAAAUCUUAUGCAUUUAUGCUUUUGGUCAUAAAUCUCCAAAUGAUGGUUUUGAGAAACUUGCUUGGGAAGUUACAAAACUUGCUGGUAAUCUCCCUUUGGGACUAAGGGUUAUGGGAUCUUAUUUCAAAGGAAUGUCCAAGCAUGAGUGGAAAAGGGCUCUACCAAGGUUAAGAGCUAGCCUUGACGGAGAAACGGAAAGUAUUUUGAAGUUCAGUUAUGAUGCCUUAUGCGAAGAAGAUAAAGCUUUAUUUCUUUAUAUAGCAUGCUUUUUCAACGAUGAACCAAUUGAGAAACUGGAUGAGCAUCUUGCGCAUAAAUUCUUAGAUGUGAAAGAAGGUCUUCACGCUUUAGCUGAAAAAUCUCUCAUAUCCAUCAGAUCGGCAAAAUAUGUAGACAUGCAUACUUUGCUAGCACGUUUAGGUAGAGAAAUUGUCCGUAAACAAUCGAUUAAAGAACCUGGGCACCGUCAGUUUUUGGUUGAUGCUAGAGAUAUAUCCCAAGUACUACGUAAUGAUCCACUAGGUAGUGGAAGUGUUAUAGGCAUAUAUUUGACGUAUAGUGAGUUGGCGAAGGAGUUGAAGAUAAGUGACGGAGCCUUUGAAAAAAUGUCCAAUGCCCAAUUCUUAAGAUUCGAGUGUGCUCCUUUACUCCCCAGUGCAUUACUGCAUUGGUUUCGUUGUCCAAUGACAUGUCUGCCUUCAAAUUUUAUUCCGGAGUUUCUGGUGGAAAUAAACAUGCGUGAAAGCAACCUUGAGAAAUUGUGGGAAGGAAUUAAAACGAUUAGAAAUCUCAAGUGGAUGGAUUUAAGUAGAGCCAAGAAUCUAAAGGAGAUUCCUGAUCUCUCAACUGCCACUAAUCUCCGAAAAUUGGAUCUUAGAUAUUGCUCCAGUCUAGUGGAACUCCCCUUUUCUAUUGGGAAUGCUAUCAAUCUCCAAAAGUUGAAACUAAGUGGUUGCUCAAGUCUAGUGGAACUUCCCUCUUCUAUUGGGAAUAUGAUUAAUCUCAAAGAAUUGAUUCUUGAUGACUGUACCAGUAUGAUGAAACUUCCCUUUUCUAUGGAAAAUGCCACUAAUUUCGAGAAAUUGGUUCUCAAAGGAUGCUUACAUCUAGUUGAGCUCCCAUCGUCUAUUGGCAAUCUCAAGCAAUUGAAUCUCAAGAACUGCUCAAGUUUAGUGAAGCUUCCAUCUUCUCUAAGAAAUGCCCAUUAUCUUCAGGAUUUCACUUUUACCGGUUGCUCAAGUCUUGAGGAGCUCCCUACAUAUCUUGGUAAUAAAACCCAUCAUUGCGAAAUAGAUCUGGGUGGAUGCUCAAGUCUUGUGGAGCUCGCCUCUUCCAUUGGGAAUAUGAUUAUUCUCAUGAAGUUAUCUCUCGACGGAUGCUCAAGUCUUGUGAAGCUUCCCUCUUUCACUGGGAAUAUGAUUGAUCUACAAGCGUUGUCUCUCAAUGGAUGCUCAAGUCUUGUGGAGCUCCCUUCUUCUAUUGGAAAGCUUCAUAACUUGCAAAAGCUGUGUUUGAAAAGUUGCUCAAAGCUAAAGGCCCUUCCGAUCAACAUCAACAUGGAAUCUCUUAAUGAACUUGAUCUCAUAGACUGCUCGUUGUUGAAAAGCUUUCCUGAGAUCUCCACAAACAUUAGCGUUCUAAAGCUCAAAGGAACUGCAAUAGAAGAAAUCCCUCCAUCAGUCAGGGCAUGGUUUAAUCUUGAUAGUUUACAUAUGUCAUAUUGUGAAAACCUCAUGAACUCCCAGCAUGCUUUUGACCGCGUCACGGAGCUGCACUUGAGCGAUACAGGAAUACAAGAAAUUUCCUCUUGGGUCAAGAAUAUGUCUCGUCUGCAUACACUUGUAAUCAAGGGAUGCACAAAGCUGGUUUCGCUCCCACAACUUCCAGAUUCAUUAGCAAUCUUGGAUGCAGAAAACUGUGAGUCCCUCGAGAGACUAGAUUUUUCUUUUAACAAGACAAAGUUUAUCGACCUCAACUUUGUUGAUUGCUUUAAACUGAAUCAAGAAGCAAGAGACCUUAUCAUCACGACAUUGACAAGAAGACUUGCAGUUUUCCCCGGAGCAAAAGUGCCUACAUAUUUCACUUACCGAGCCGCUGGGAGUUCCUUGUCAAUGAAAUCAAAUGGACUAAUUAAUACACAUUUUCCUACAUAUUCGAGUAUUAAAGCUUGCGUCUUGCUGGUUAAGAAGGGUGACGUUGAAGCUGGUGAUAGGAAGAUGACGCUUAUAUAUUGUCACAUCAACGACAAAGGGUUUAAUAAUUUUUGGUACAGAUUCUCUUUAUCUUCGAAGGAGCAUCUGUUUGUAUUCGAACUUAAAGAAAUCGUGAGAUCCACCGGACUAGUCUUGAAGUUCCAAGUCAACAGUGAAGAAUGGGAGAUUAAAGAAUGCGGGGUACGUCUUCCUGAAACCUUGGCUCCCUCAUGUUAA